GGGCACACAUCUAGAUCGAUCCACAAUAACUCAAACUAUCACCCUCUCCUCGGAAAUGGGCAUUUCCGUGAACAGUCAGUCAGCAAGCUCGAUCACUCGACAUUGCCACACCUACAAGGUCUUCCUUUUCUGCAACUACAUACUCUUGGGUGCAGCAUCAAGUUGCAUCUUUCUCACCCUAUCGCUUCGCCUCAUCCCCUCUGUCUGUGGCUUCUUCCUGAUUCUUCUCCACGUCCUGACCAUUGCAGGAGCUGUCUCAGGAUGUGCUGCAGCUUCGGCUGGGGCUAGCCGGUGGUACUCUGCUCAUAUGGUAGCCACCGUGCUAACAGCCAUAUUCCAGGGUUCUGUUUCUGUUCUCAUCUUCACAAGAACUGGGGAUUUUCUUGGUCAGCUGAAAUCCUAUGUGAGAGAAGAGGACGGUUCUGUCAUACUCAAAUUGGCCGGUGGGUUAAGUAUUUUGAUAUUUUGCCUGGAGUGGGCUGUUCUGACGCUCGCUUUCUUCCUCAAGUAUUACGGCCACGUUAAUGGUGAUUCUGGCGCCAAUACCAUGGCUAUGAGGAGUGCCAAGGUGCAGCAGGAGGAGGAUUUGAAGGAUUGGCCAUGGCCUUUCCAGGUCUAACAAUUUGCUUCUCCUUACAACUUCCAUCAUUCAUUAAUUUGUUGGUCUCACCCGUGUAUUUACAGUUCCUCUUGCAAGUUCAUGACAGAUCAAUGUUCAACUAUUUUCUAUUACCAUUCAUAUACGGCUUCCAUUUAUUGGUUUUUAGGGGGCCAGAUUUCAAAUAUAUUUGAUUGAGGUUUGUAAUUUCUCCAGAGAGUAAAUCGCACUACCUGUCUCUCCCUUCA